UCCCCUGAAUGUGAAGGAACAGAGUUUGUGUGCAUGUAUGGUAUAUCUCAAGUACAGGGUAUAUUUUGAGUGCCACUUACUGUUUACCCAAUAUCACACUCCUUACUUAUUUAAGAGAGUCCAGCAAGACGAGAUGGAGAAGAUUGAGCAGCACAUCAAAUCAUCCAAAGGCAAGAACGACGCAAAGCCAUUGGACAAGCCUGAACAAUAAGAGCAAAUCUUUCCUCUGUGCCAAGUCUGUCCUGUUUCUGUUUCUCGCUCAAUUGCUGGUGAUAGGAAAGGUCAGGAGAAUGUCCCUCAUUUCUCUACAUCUUUCUCCUUUCCUUUCUCCUUCUCUUCUCUUCCUUCUCUCCCUCCCCUUCCUCUACCUCCAUGUCUUUCCCCAAGCUGUCUAUCAGACUCUGCAGAGUGAUCAGUGUGUGUUGCAGGUGCUAGGCCUCAUCUUAGCUUUUGGGAACUUCAUGAACGGAGGGAACCGAUCGCGUGGGCAGGCUGACGGCUUCACUCUGGACAUCCUGCCAAAACUCAAGGACAUCGAGAGCAGUGAUAACUGUCAGAGUCUUUUGUCAUACAUCGUUGCUUACUAUCUAAGGAACUUUGAUGAGGAUGCCGGUAGAGAGACCUGUGUCUACCCUCUCCCUGAACCCCAGGACCUCUUCCAGGCCUCUCAAAUGAAGUUUGACGACUUUCAGAGAGACCUACGCAAGCUAAGGAAAGAUCUUAAUGACUGAAAAUGACAGAGGUCUUCAAUCAAGCCAGAGAGAAGGCCUCGUACAGCAUCCAACCCAAACAGUCUUCUGGAAUAAAAGCCAAACUGGGUCAGUAGAUCUGAGCCAAUGGACUGGUCUUAUCCAGGAUACGUUUGCACAAGUGAGAUCAACACAAGCUUUUUAGCUAUUGUAUUGUGUUUAAAAAUAUAUUUACUGUGUUAUUUUAUUUUUUAUUUUUUUCUUUCGGUCACCUAACUGGGUAUAUGUAUGCCUGACAUGUUGUCACCUUGUUGGAAAGUGUGAUAUUAACACAGUACCACACUUUGCCGUAAUCUGUCAAUGAUGCAUUUCCCCCAGUUCCAAACAGCGCAUUCUGCUGUCCAAAGUAAGAAUGUAGAUUUAAUUAAAGAGCUAAUAGUUUUUGGACAGGUGCCAUUGUAAAGAGAAAUACAUAGUUUUACAGUGAGACAUGUGUUGUGGUAUCAGCCUGUCCCCUGUAGCUAUAGAUAAGACACCAGUUAAGACAAUCAUGUUUUACAGAGAAAAUAAGCUAUUUAUAUCAAUCUCUGCACUGCCUUCAAGUAUAAAGAGGAGCACAAAAGUGGGCCUAUAUAAAUACUUGCCUACCGGAUAGCAAGUGCCUAGUUAAAGACAAAUGAGCCAAUUAAAUUUAACUAAAUUACUCUGUCAAUACAACCUGUAUGGAAACCAGUCCUGCUCAGUAAAAACCUGCAUUGUGACAAUCAUCAGUUUAUCAUACACCAUAGUUCAAGAAUGAUACGUGAUGUACAGUUGUGGUUUAUGCAAUAAAUCAUGAAAUGAACCGU